GGACAAGUUAUUCCCAGAGUCAGUCAUACGAAAUGUUAUAUACCAAAUUUUACAAGGUUUAGCUUUCAUGCAUAAACAUGGUUUCUUCCAUCGUGACUUGAAACCAGAAAAUUUGUUGUGUUCAGGGCCUGACUGUUGUAAGAUAGCAGAUUUUGGUCUCGCACGUGAAAUUCGAUCUCGUCCACCUUAUACAGACUACGUAUCAACAAGAUGGUACAGAGCACCAGAAGUUUUGUUACGGUCAACAAAUUACAACAGUCCUAUAGAUAUCUGGGCAGUAGGUUGUAUAAUGGCAGAAAUGUAUACAUUGAGACCACUGUUUCCAGGAAGCUCGGAAAUAGAUGAAAUAUUUAAAAUAUGUACAGUACUAGGAACCCCAAAGCAGGAUGAUUGGGAUGAAGGUUUUAGACUCGCCUCUGCAAUGAACUUCCGAUGGCCACAAUGUGUUCCCCAGAAUCUGAAGACGUUGAUACCAAAUGCCAGUCAAGAGGCUAUACAUCUAAUGAAAGACAUGAUGCAUUGGAAUCCACACAAAAGACCUACAGCAAGUCAGUGUUUAAGAUAUCAAUAUUUUCAAGUUGGCCAGAAUCUUGGUACAGCCAUGCCAUCCCCUGCUCGUCCACCCGCUCAGCCCAUUCACUCACAACCAUCAUACAAGCCCCCAGAGAAACCCAGUGUACCGUCCCCACAGCAUCACAUGACAAAUAGACCGUUUCAGGAGAAGCCCACUAUACCUAACCAACAACAACCAUUGGUGCCAAAUUAUGCUCAGAAACAGCAACAAAACCAGGAUAUGGAUGAUCCUUUCCAAAUGUCUGUAACAAAGAAGCAGAGUGCAAGAAAACGUUGGGGUGGUGGAGUGUCAGACACGUGGGAUGAUUUCGAUGACCUAGAUUUCGGUGUUCCACGUAAACAAAAGGCGGCACCAGCAAAACCUUUGCCAGGUAUCGGUGGUAAAAGAGAGGAUAAGAAAGAAAAUGCGUUUAAUGAUGACGAAGAUGAUUUCUUAGCGAGUAUAUUAGGUAAGAAGUCAUCAAAAGGUAAUCAGAGGAUACCUUCAGGCAGAUCUCGAGAAUCUUCAGCGAAACAACAUUAUCUCUCUAAAGCAAGAUAUUUACCAGGAAUAAACCCAAAGAGUAGUUCAAGGAAGGAAUCAGGAGGACCAAGUCUAGGUCCAAGCACAUGGGGCAGUCCAGCCAUGAAUAAACCUGGUGGUAUGAACAUUGGACGAGCAAAUCAGGGUCAGAUGGGUAAUCAGGGAUCUCCAUCAUAUGUACCUUCAUUCUUAUCAAGUAAUAAACCUAACAAUUAUUCAAAUGUAAGUUGGAAACGAGCACAGCCUGCACCUUUAUCAUUAAACAAGAAUUCUGCCGGCUACAGACAACCUGUGGGCGGGGCAGCAGCUGGCAGAACAGAUUGGGCAGCUAAGUACUUGAAAUCUUGAUAACUUCAUUCAUCAAGGGACACAACUCUACUCAACAUUCAUUAUUUCUGUGUAAACUGGGUAGUCAUUAUCUGAGUUAUCUCUCUUUGGAAAAGAAAAAUUGGAACUUCGACGGAAAUUAAGUUUUGAUGUAAUGUAAUUGAAAAUAAGAUCUUUGAGAGUUUAUCUGAGGGAAAUAAAAACUAUUGGUUUUAUGUUUACCAUAACAAACAGACAAUCUUGUAGGAUGCAUUUCAUGUAAUGUUUUAAACUUUGUGUAUUUUCACACGACUUCCAACAUGGCAGUUGUUUGUCCUUUAUUUUUUAAAAAAAGUUUAUUAUAAUAUGUGUAAAAAUUAUUGAUGCAUGUAUAUAUUGUUAAAGACAAAAUAUAUUUAAACUGUGAUUUGUUUUUAUUGUUUUUAAUCAUGUUUUGAUUGAAGAAAUUUGACGAUUUUUGCCUGUGAUGUCAAUAGGUCAGUUUAAUUAUUUUACACCAUUUUAUAAAGUAAAUCUCUUGCCUUUAGUUGCCAAAUCACCAUAAAUGAGGUACAUUAACAUGCAGAUUCAAGUACCACCUUAUCGUAGCAAUGAGUUAACUCAUUUUAAAUUAUGUAAGGAGUUAAACCAUUACUGCACUAAGGUGAUGGUAUAAUGUUGUAGAUAAUUCUUACAUGUAAAAACCAUUAUUUACAACAAAAUUUCGAUGUGCUAAUUCUCUUAUAUUUUCAAUGUAUUAUAUAUUGAUAUACAUAAUAUGAUCUUUUCAAAGUUUCAUUUUAUAUGCAAUUGAAAUUGAUAAAGAAAAAGUAUUCAAAAUUUUGACCGCAUUUAAUUUGUUUCAUAUAUGGUGUGGCUUGCUUUUAAUUUAAUUUUAGUCGUUUUUGCUGAAACAUCUUUCUGAUGUAUAUUAGUAUAUGUAAUUAUUUAUAAAAUAAUAGCUCAGAAAGUGUUACUAUCAACUGUAAAAGACUAGAUGAUGAAAAAAAUUUGCCGACUUUAGGUUGAAAAAAAAAAAAGUUUUGCAGUAUAUUGACUCAAUGUGCUUAUUAUUAAACAGAAAAAAAACUUGGUAAUAAUUUGUUUGUUGUACAUUAAAUGUACUCUAUUUUAUGUUUACUCUAAUCCAAUUGUGCCAGCGUUAAAAUAAAAACCUGUAGUAUAGUUAUUUGUUGAAGUACUGGGGCCAAGGUUAUAAAGAAAUGAGCCGCGUCACAACAAAACCAACAAAGUGCAUUUGCGACCAGCAUGGAUCCAGACAGUCUGAUCAGGAUCCAUGCUGUUCGCUGUCAGUUUCUCCACUGGUAAUAGAGUUGAUAAGCAAACAGCAUGGAUCUUGAUCAGACUGCGCGGAUGCCCAGGCUGGUCUGGAUCCAUGCUGGUCGCAAACCCACUAUGUUUGUUUUGUCGUGCAGCAGCUCAAAUAUUCUAAUCUCAAACUCAUAUCUCAGGUAUUUGACUGGUCAGAAACACACACAGAAUGUGAAUUGACCAAUGAAAAUCCUGAGAUUCGAGCUUGAUCUUAUGAAAAGGUUUUAUAACCUAAGACCCUGGUGUACAUUAUGUUAGCUCAUAUACAUGUACAGGGAAUGUUGACACAUUCACCUGAAGUUUGUAAAGACACAUGAAAGUUUUAGCUGCAGUAUCUGCAUUUCAUACUUACAUGUUUAUCUUUUGUUUUCAGUCUCAUUUCUGUGUAGGUGUACAUAUAUUUGGUAAUUUUAUGUAUCUAAUUUAGGUUGAAAUAGUGUUUUAAUUGUAAACAAUUGAAGUUAUUCUGAUAAGUGACAAAGUCACACAUGCAAAUAUUAGAUGUGUAUUUUUUUACAUUUAGGCUGGACAGAGAAAUAUUUGGUCCUGAUAGUAAAGUAAGGCCAACUGUAAAAUGACUUGGACUGAAGUGCCUAAUAUGUUUAUAUUAUAUAACCCAUUGCUGUUGGGUUAUAUAAUGUUUCAGUCAUUUAUACCUGGCCAUAUAAAUGGUCAAAUGUCUUAACAACAAAUUUAUGAUACUACAGAAUUGUUUUCCUUGAUUGAAAUAAUAAAUAAAAAAUUAAGUCUUAAAUUUGCAGCUGCAGUGUACCAUAUAUUCUUUAAUUAAUGCCCCCUUUGGGGAAAAUGAAAUGCCCAUGGGGCAUUUGUUAGAGAAUAUAUGGUAUAUAUAUCAGUGUUGGAAUUGACCAAUGAAAAUCAAUGUUUCAAAUGUACAUAAAGAUAACAGUGUCUGUAGUGUUAAAUUUCAAUAUCUUAACAGUGCUUAAUUAUUUAUUUAUUUAUUAAAAUUGAACACAAAAAAAUUAUUAAACUAAAAAAAAACUGUUUAUUCUAAAUGAAUUAUGAAUCAUUUUUCUUGGGGCACUAGUACAGUGUUCAUAUAAUCAAUGAAUUAUUUCUGUUUUAUUUUAUGUUUUAUUUUCGUGUAUAAUCUGUAUUUAGACCCAUUUACUUUUGAAUUAUUUUGUGUUGAUAACAGAUAGUACUGAGUAUUUUAUGUAAGUUAAAAGUUACAUGACUAAAAGGAAAUUUUCAAACUCAUUUUGAUAUAGAUAGGAAUGAUGAAAAAGUAUGUGUGUUACUUGUUUAUGAAAAAAAUGUGUACAGAUGAAAUUGUGUGUUAAUAAAUGAAUAACUUGUUUAUGAUGUUGCAACAUGACUGUUUAUUAAUACAAAAUGCUUCAUUAGUGAAGAGAUGGUCAGUUAGUCUGUGAUAUGUAUGUAAUUACCAAGUUUUUAAUUUUUAUUUCAUAUUGUUUUGGUAAGAUGAUGAUGUGUAAAACAACAAAAGGUUCAAAGCAAAAUGUUAUUUUCAUUCACAGAAUUCACUCUCAUAUAUAAUAUACACAAUAUACUCUCAUUUAUUUAGAACAUAUCAAGUUGGGAUUUUAUUUUCCUCGUAUAUCAUAUACUGCAUCACUUUUCUUGUUUGUACAUGUAUUUCUAUGGGUUUUUUUUAAACACAACUUGAGACAGAGGAAACAUGUUUGUUUUAAGUGAGAAUAUAGGUUUUAUUUCAUUGAGCGGUGAAAUAAUAAAAAGGAAUAUUGCAUAUGUGUAUCACAUAUGAGAUGGGAUGAAAAAUUUCAAGUUAAAUUUUUUAAAAUUAACUGGUUAAAUUAAAAAAUAUCCCUCUAUUUCUUGAUAAAAUUUAUAUACACAUGUGCAUGUAUUGCCAAUAAUAUAAGCUAUUAGUAUUCAAUAGCAAGUUUGAAAUCCCUUUACAUCACACCAUUUUUCUCAUUGCCCAUAACUUACAAUAAUUAAUGUAUUUUGUUACACUGAGUCCGUCCAGAAAGGAUAUCUCGUACAUUUUAAUCAACCAUUUUAGUCAUUAUUUAUGAAUUAACAAUGCUUUCACCUUUGAAAUUGUUCUUUACCUUUUCAGGAAAAAAUGAAUGGCUGUUUUCAAUUUCUUUUUCAAGGGACACAAAUCAGUACUUGGAAAAGUUUAUAUGUUAGUAUACAAAAUAAAAUAACAUAAGUGUUUGAAUAAUGUGAUUUACAUGUAUAUAAAUAAAUAAACAUUGAAAAGUUUUUUCUUUUUAAACAAAAAAAAAAGUCAAUUUCAGCUUUAUCAUUUUAUGCGUAGAAUUCUUAUUAGCCUUUUUUUAGUAGCAAGAUUUGAGUUCAUUUCAUAUGUUAUAUUUUUUUAAAAUCAUCAUAAUUACAAAGCAUGUUUUUUAUUGUAUUAAUGACCUCAACUCUGGUAUAAAUGGUUGUAUAUAUAUUAUAUAGUUUUUAUGACUUUUUUUCAACAUGACAAUGUUACACUCUGACAUCACAAGAGAACAAACUGUUAUACCGUUGUAAACACAUUACAAUAGAAAAAUAAAAGAAAUAAAAAGUG